AUGAGCGUGGCGGAAUUCGCGCACGCGUGCGACGGCAUCUCGCGGCUCUUCUCGCUCCUGGGUGUCGCCUUCGCGUUCGCUGGGAAGGACUUUACGGAUAAGGUGAAGGACCUGACGGCAGCAGGCAAGGAGUUCUCGACGCUGGGCGGCAUGGUGGAUGCGGACGUGAGCAAGGGCUCUGUGAAGGUGCAGAACAGCCACACGCGCAACCUGCUGCGCGUGCUGCGCGGCCUCGACAUGAUGCGCCGCCUCUUCUGCUAUAUCCUUGAAGACUGCAUGAAGCCACUGAGGGAGCAUGCGAGCCGGGCAUACAGCGAGGUGUUCAGCGCUCACCACUCGUGGGCCAUCCGCAGCCUCGUGGCUGCUGGCAUGUACGCACUCCCCUCCACCGACUCCUUCCUGCACCACCUGGGGGAAGACGAGGAGUCAUGGCGUGAGCCAUCAUCCGAGUUUGUUACAAGUGUCACUGAUGUCGCUGCUGCGGUGGAGGAUCUAUUU